UGCAUCCUGGGUUGGCGUAGCCAUGGCGGCUCGUGUCCUUUCCGUCUGUGUCGGCCGCCUGCCCGCGGCCUUCGCGCCGCUUCCCCGGCCCACCACAUUCGCCGCAGUUCGGUCACUCAGCACCGCCCUGUGCCCCGCGGGGAUCCGGACGAGACCUGGGGCUCCGCAGCCAAUCUCGAUGCUCGUGCAGGUUCCUGGUAGAGUUACACAGUUGUGCUGCCAGUAUAGCGACGCACCCCCAUUGACCUUAGAGGGAAUCAAGGACCGUGUUCUUUAUGUCUUGAAACUCUAUGAUAAGAUUGACCCAGAAAAGCUUUCCGUAAAUUCCCAUUUUAUGAAAGACCUCGGCUUAGACAGUUUGGACCAAGUGGAGAUUAUCAUGGCCAUGGAGGACGAAUUUGGGUUUGAAAUUCCUGAUACAGAUGCGGAAAAAUUAAUGUGUCCACAAGAAAUUGUAGAUUACAUUGCAGAUAAGAAGGAUGUAUAUGAAUAAAAUAUCAGACCACCUUUCUUCCCUGAGAGAAGACGCAGAUGACUGGCGAGUGUCUGCAAGCGAGAAGGCAUAUUGGCAUCAUUGCUGACUUGGACAGAGUAAUUCUGUUGGACUUGUAUUUAAAUUGUCUUAAGUGUUUUGCGGUUUGAAAAUAAAUCUAUAAAAC